AUGAACUAUCUUAAUAUAGUCCCCAUUUUACGGUAGCAGAGAAAACUUUGUUUGCGCUUUCCAGCAAACUAUUUUUUCAAGAUUGUAAUCUUCCACUUAACUAUUUGUUUAAGUGAACAGUAGAGCUUUUUUAUGCUGACGUGUAAGCAUUGUGCCUCAGAAUGCCGAACAUACGUACAACGUUUUAGAAUAACUUCCAGGCGUUUCUUCGAUUCGUUCAUGUGCGAACGGUAGUAAAUGGAAGAUGAGAUGUGCGCCGUCUAAACCACUACGUUCAUGAUGACCAGACGCUUCAUGCAGUUCAUGCCAACUGUCAACACAAAGCUUCCAAGCAUCGAACGCUGAUAGUAAACAAAAAUUUUAUGCGGAAGUGGGUGGUUUAAAUUUUUACGCUAAAUAUAAUAGUUUCACUCGUUAGCUAUGUUUUUUCAUAAUUAGACCAUUCUGAUGGAUACCACAGAAAAACCAUUUCCUUGUAAAAUUGAUGGAUGCAAGCUGAGUUUUGCUACGGAGGAUCAUUUGAUUGUGCACCUGAAGAACCAUGACUUGUUACUGAAGUUGGAAAUACCUAAUAAACCCAAUUUGUUUACCGAUCAAACCCCUACACCAACACGUUUGAUUGGGAAAUGUGAAGAGGUAGGAUUAUUCGAAGAUUUGCAGAAUGUGAAUCCCUUUGAAGAAACAUUCAGGAGAGCUGUGGAAGAAAAAAAUUCAAAAUCUGAAGAUGGACCCAAAGAGAAAUUACCGAAUACAGUAUCAUCAGACGAUACUUUACAUACGCCGCAUAUUUUUCCGCUUUUGGAACGUCGUGAAAGUAUCAAACUAUCAAAACUCAUAAUCUCAAGAAACAAUUCAAAAAGAGAUGAACCACCCAGUGUAAACGAAAAUCAGCUAGCGUGCCUGCCUGUUCAAUCCAGUGACAUUGUGAUAUCGACCUCUACUAAAAGACAUUUGCAAUACGAAAACACGGUUGCUAAGAAAGUGAAAUCGCUUAUUAAAAUUUUACCUAAAACAACUCCUCCAGUGCCGGUUCAAACAUCUGUGAUAAUUAUUCCAUGCAAUACAAGAAACAAUACCACUGCAUCGUUAAAGCCAAGCAAUACGUCGAGUUCUGUCAAAGCGAAGUUAAAAGAGCAUUUGAAUAAAGCCAAUUCUGAAGAUAGCUCAGAACGGGCGGUAACUCAAGCAACUGAACAUCCAACUAGCAAUACCAUCAUACACAACAUAGAAAGUACUAUACCCACUAAAGAUGUUAAAAAUGAUAAAUUGCAAAAACAUGAACGAUGGAAAGCUGCUGCCAAGCGAUAUCGGAGUCGAGUAAAGCAAAAUCAGGAUAUAUUACAUCGGAGGAAUAUUGAGCUUGCAGAAGAGAAUCAUCAUCUCAAGACCGAGAUAUUACGCCUACGCAAUGCGUUGGCGCUGCACAGAAACUGUCCUGUGACCAAAGCUCUUACAGUUGACGGCAGUGCACGGCUGGUCCGUCUAAAUUUACCGCAUAAACAAGCUUAAGUAUUCCGUUGCGGUAUCUAAAAGCUUCCUGUGCUGUAGAAACACUUGUUAGGUAUCAAAAAUCUGUUUUCGAUCGACCUGCACAAGUGCGGACAAGUUUACGAAUUGUAGAAAAUCACUAAUGAAUAAAACUACUGUCCAAGAUUUUUUAUUGUUCAAUUUGGAUUACAUUA